GCUGCCAUGGAAGCGGCCAGAACCCCAUCGCCCCGGGAACAGCUGGAGCUCUCGAUCCUGGAAGGGCAGCAGGAAGAGCUGACGCCUCUCAACAGCCUCCAGAUCCAGCCUUCCUCCGCAGAGCGCUCUAGCCCAGCCCAGACGGACAAGGAAAGUCCCUGGAGUCCCUGUAACAAGAUCGUGGUUGGAAGAUGUAAACUGUGGAUGGUCAUUGUCACCAUUUUCGUGUGUUUCGCUAUAGUGAUCAUUAUAAGUUUAUGCCUUGUAGGAGUAACUUACAUCGAUGAAGAUGAAAAUGAAAUACCUGAAUUAUCAUCAAACAAAACCUUCUUCAUCGUGUUCAAGAUUCCAGAGGAGUGUGUUAAUGAAGAGGAAUUGCAUCACUUGCUCACUAAAAGGCUCACGGACACAUAUAAAGAGUCCCCAUCUCUGAGCCGUUAUUUCACUUCUGCUGACAUCGUGGAUUUCAGUGCUGAAAACGCCACGGUAACCUAUCACUUGCAGUUUGGAGUUCCAGCUGAAGAUGAUGGCUUCAUGGAGUACAUGAUGAGUGAAGAGCUGGUGCUUGGCAUUAUGAGACAGAACCUUCACGAUAAGAAUAUAUCCAGUUGUGAGAGUCUCGGGCUUGAUCCGGAAUCCCUCUUGCUCUACGAAUGAGGCGGUGGAGGUUGGUCUGUGUCGGAAAGCAGUGCUCUGCAGUCUCAGAGUGAAGAGAAUGCAGAAACCUAUCCAGCAGUGAGUGGCCAGAAGGAGGAGAUGGUCCUCCCACUGAUUCUGCACAGAUAGGAAGUCUGGCUCCAUAUCCAGAAUUCGUGAAAGCUGUUCCUGAGAGCUGUCCCAAUGGGGUUCAGGUGCUAGAUGAGGUCUGGGAUGGAUCAAAGAUCCCACAGCACGAGCUUCCUGCUGCCUUGGAAGCACUGGCUGCCUCUGCUCACACAUGGAUGUUAUUCCUGUAGAGCAAGGAGAGUACCUGGCUUUGUUUAAGGCAGGGUUCUGUUAGCCUGGGCUGAUGUGGCAAGGCGGAGAGCAAGUAGUCAGGGGAAGGAUGCGGAACCGAGUCAGUUGGUCAUUCAAGCUGGAGCCCCGCCCCAAUUAUAUUUAAUGGACCCCUAAGCUAAGGGUGGGAGGAAGAGAAAGGUACUUCCAAGACCUAAGGAGCGUAGCUCUUCAUUUACUUCCACUACCUCCACCUGUAUAGGUGUGUGAACAGCUGAGCUCAGGCACAUCACUGAGUGUUACGUAUAGAAAUAUGUUCGAUGCAUCUUCUUUCUCUUUUCUUUAUUGUUCCUGAGAUGCCUCAGUAUCUUUUUUUUUUUGAAAACAUAAGUCUGUGAGUUUUGAACAUGUGCUGUCCUUUAAGAGUGUUUAUUAUUGUUAUUGUAAAAGUCAUCAAAGGAUCAUUAGGAUUACUUAACUCCUGCUGCUAAUACCACACACUGGCUUUGCAUCACCACCAGCCUUCCUGUAAGACACAGUUUCUUGAGUUGUUGUGUGUGUGUCUUAUGGCAGAUGGUUGCUAAGCAGAGGGUUGCUGUCCUUUUGAAACUGUCAAAAGAGGCAUGCCUGUCCCUUGGGAGGCCAGGAGGAAGUUAGUGACUGUAUCUGUCCUCUGUACAUAGAGAAUGCCUGUCAUGAGGGAAUAGAGUAUUUGUUUUGUUGGGGAAAUUGUCUUCUUGGAUAUUUUCUGGGACAGAGGUUUUUAUUUUAUUGUUGUAUAAUGAGAAAUCUCCCAGCCUGAUACCUCAGAUGGAUUAGCCACGGAUGCAGGUCACUGCAGCAGGCAACUAUGCGAGCCUGUGUCAAGUGAAGGGUUCGGGACAAUGUGAAUUUGCUUUCUUAUUUAACUACUAUAUACUAUAGUAAUAAUAAUUGCUAUAUUGUAAUUUAUUGUUUCAUUUUCAGUAUAGUUCCUUAAACUACUAAAGCAGGUGGAUGUUUCUUCUUCCCCUUUAUUUUUUACACGUCAAAUGUGAACCUCCCUAUGUGUGUACUCUUUUGAAAGCAAUGAGGAAUUUUAAUACAAAAUGAUUUUAAAACAUGUACAAUAAAUUAUUUUUGCAAAUGU